UUUUUGUCACAGCGGGAAGGUAAACAUUACGAAGAAGAAAAACACUUCCGUACAGUCAGAUCUGUGUCCAGCUACUUGCACAUUGCCUUCUGUCGCUUUAGUCACAGAAUGGCUAAAAUGAAAGACAAGAAACGAGAGAAUGUAAGCAUCGCUUCCGAGAUUGACCGUCUGGAGGAAAGACGGGAGCGUUGCCAGGACAACCUGGAGAGGGCGGAGUUUAAAAGCAGGAAGGCGAGGCUGUCCGAGCAGGACAGACAAGAACUGGAAAACGAAAUGGCAAUAAUAAAUGAGAGGGUGCAAAAGCUAGAUAAAGAGCUUGCGAUGUUGAGAGGAGAGAACCGAAGGAACAUGGUGCUGUCAGUGGCCCUGCUUACGAUCAGUGCUCUCUUCUACUACGUCUUUUUCUACAAUGAGGAUGAGACAUGAUGCCACAGAGAACCUCAGAGGAAGCUGCUGCUCUUAACAAGUUCAGAUAAGCCUUGUAACAGGAUGAUUAUCUGAGCACUUACCAAAUAAACAAAAAACCUAAGGACUGAAACGUUUUUUUUUUUUUUUAAUGAGCCGAAGAUUUGAUUGAAAUGCCUCAGUUCUGCCUCCAGGUGGCGUCAUUGUCAUGUAAAGUUUCUCAAAUGGUGCCCUAAAGUUGCCAAAAUUUACUGAACUUUCUUAAUUCUAGAUUCUGUACGAUUUUUGAAUCCUGUGGACCAACAGUGAUAAUAAAGCUUGUUGGGUAGAUUUGCCUGUGAAAUGAAUGAACAUAUUCUUUAGCUUGCUUGUUGUUGUAUUUGUUUAGAAAACCCUUACUACACAUAGGCAGCCUAAUUAGCACACUGAAUGUAAAGUUUGCCUUAUCUAAGCCAGUUAUUAAUUACAGUGUAUGCAUGAUUGCCUUUCAUGCCUGUGUGUAAAAAAAUAUUAAAAAUACACCUAUCAGUUA